AUGGCGCACGCAGGUUUACGGGGCUCCUUGCGGCUUCAUUUGUUUCUCCUCCUGUUGUGGACUCUGUCGCGGUACUCAGCAUCCAGCCAGGUCCGCCAAGAGUUCCAGGUUCUAGAGGAGCAGCCCGUGGGCACCUAUGUAGGCACGAUAGAGACGCGACCCAGCUUCACUUACCGCUUCAGUGAGAGCCAUAAACUUUUCUCCAUCAACGGCACCACUGGAGUUAUUUACACAUCCUCCGUGAUUGACAGGGAGACUUUGCAGAGUGAUGUCAUCAACGUUGUGGUGCUGUCCAGCCAGCCCACCUACCCCACAGAGGUCAGAAUCACAGUUUUGGAUAUCAAUGACAACUUGCCUGUAUUCCCGGACGCCUCCAUCGUUGUGUCUUUCAAAGAGGACGCCAGCAGUGGGAGACAGGUCAUCCUGGACACUGCCACUGACUCAGACAUUGGGAGCAACGGCGUGGACCACACUACAUACAGAAUAGUGAAAGGCAAUGAGCAGAGGAGGUUCAGGCUGGAUAUCACAGUCAAUCCCAGUGGAGAGGGGGCCUUCUUGCACCUCGUUUCCACAGGAGGUUUGGACAGAGAGGUGACUCCGUUCUAUCAGCUUCUCAUUGAGGUGGAGGACAAGGGGGAGCCGAAAAAGUUUGGCUAUCUGCAAGUGAAUGUGACCAUACAAGACAUAAAUGACAACCCACCUGCGUUUGAACAGGAGCAUUAUCAGACCAGUGUGUUUGAGGAUGCGGCUGUCGGGUCAAGUGUUCUGCAGAUCACAGCCACAGAUCAAGAUGAAGGCAUGAAUUCUGAAAUCAGGUACUAUUUAGACGAGGGCACGCCUUUUCAAAUAGACCCGAAAGAAGGUACGAUUGUGAUUAAAGAGGGAUUGGAUUUUGAAAGUAAACGUGAGUACUCCCUAACUAUUCAUGCAGUGGAUAAUGGUGUGCCCGCUCUGUCAGGCAGGACAGAAGCCACAAUAAAACUCUUAGAUGUAAAUGAUAAUGACCCAGUGGUUAAGUUUCGCUACUUUCCCACAACUUCCAAAUUUGCCUCUGUGGAUGAAAAUGCACAAAUUGGCACAGUUGUCGCACUGCUGACGGUUUCAGAUUCAGACUCCUCCUCUGCCAAUGGGAACAUAUCUGUCUCAAUUUUGGGGGGGAAUGAGCAGCGACACUUUGAAGUGCACACGUCUCCGGUGCCUAAUCUGAGUUUGAUAAAAGUGGCCAGUGUGUUAGACAGGGAGAGAAUUUCCUCUUAUAACUUAACUGUAUCAGUGUCUGACAAUGGGAAGCCUAUGGCCAGGUCUUCUUUUGCCAGUCUGGUCAUUUUUGUGAAUGAUAUUAAUGACCAUCCCCCAAUAUUCCAGGAGAUGGAGUACAGAGUAGAUAUCAGUGAAGACAUUCCAAAAGGCAGCUACAUUAAAGGGGUCUCAGCAACAGAUGGGGACUCUGGGCAGAAUGCCAACCUGCGUUACUCCCUGGUGUCUGGAAAUGCUUUAGGCUGGUUCUCCAUCAGUGAAAACAGUGGUUUGGUAACUAGUGCAGCCCUGUUAGACCGGGAAAUUGCAUCUAAAGUCGUGCUCAACAUUAGUGCCAAAGACCAGGGACUGCAGCCUAAGAUUUCUUACACUAAGCUGAUAGUAAACAUCACUGAUGUAAAUGACCAAGUGCCCACAUUCACACAGAGCACGUAUCAUGUGUCUGUAGUGGAGCAUGCUCCUGCUGGGACAGAGCUGCUUGUACUUUCAGCCUCAGAUGACGACCUCGGGGCCAACGGCACGAUCCGGUUCUCAUUUAAUGCUGAGACACCGGCCAAAGUCCAGGAGUUGUUUCGCCUGGAUGCGGUGUUGGGGAGAUUAAGCACAGCCGCUGAGUUAGACAGGGAGGAUCAGGCCUCCUACUUACUCCACAUCCAGGCAGCAGACGAGGGCAGCCCCCCUCUGCACUCUGUUGGAAAAGUCAACAUCACCCUGAGGGAUAUCAAUGACAAUAGGCCAGUCUUUUACCCGGUGCAAUAUUUUGCAAAUGUGAAGGAGAAUGAACCUUCUGGUUCUUAUGUAACCACAGUUUCAGCCACAGACCCAGACUUAGGCCGGAAUGGCACAGUUAAAUAUAUCAUUACUGCUGGAGACACAUCCAAAUUCCGCAUUAAUAGCAACAGUGGGAAAAUUAGCACACUUGUGCCGCUGGACAGGGAAGAGAAAACCGCUUACCAGCUGCAGGUCUCAGCAACAGAUGGCAACGGGCUGCGCUCACAAACACAGGCCAUAGUUACUCUCACUGUCAUAGACACACAGGAUAAUCCUCCAAUAUUUAACCAGAAAGUGUACAGUUUUGUUAUGUUUGAGAAUGUGGGUGUUGGGACAGUCAUAGGGACCGUGUCAGCCACAACAGUAGAUUUAAACACAAACAUCUCAUAUCUUAUAACUUCUGGAGACCAACGAGGACUUUUCACUGUCAACAGCGCAGGUCAGAUUGUAGCAUCGAGUCACAUAGACAGAGAGGAGCAGGCCUUUUAUCAGCUCAAAAUAGUGGCCCGGGGCGGUGACAUCACAGGGGAAGCGUUUGUUAACAUCACUGUCAAAGACUUGAAUGAUAAUGCUCCUCACUUUAUUCACGCUGUGGAACACGUAAGCGCUGUCGAAAACUGGAACACCGGUCAUGUCAUAUUCCAGGCCAGAGCUACAGACCCAGACGAAGGCCCGAACGGCAUGGUGGUCUACAGCCUCAAACAAAACCCAAGAGGCCUGUUCCAUAUUCAUGAGAAGCACGGACUUAUCACUCUGACAGGGCCGCUUGAGGUCACCACCAGUUCCUACGAGGUGGAGGUGAUUGCUUCUGAUAUGGGGCUUCCGCAGCUCACCUCCAGCCUGGUCACAAUAGUCAGCGUGUAUGAUGUCAAUGAUAACUCCCCAGUUUUUGACCAGCUCUCUUAUGAAGUUAUUAUACUAGAAUCAGAACCAGUUAAUAGCAGGUUUUUUAAAGUACAAGCAACGGAUAAGGACUCUGGGCUAAAUGGGGAAAUAAUGUACGAUAUAGCUGGUGGGAACACAAGAGAGGUUUUUGGUAUUUUUCCAGAUGGACAGUUGUACAUCAAAGCAGAGCUGGACAGAGAGACUCAGGACAGAUAUAAUUUAGUGGUGGUGGCCUCAGACCGGGCUGUGGAACCGCUUAGCGCCACUGUCAAUGUUAGCAUCAUAUUGGAUGACGUCAACGACAACCGCCCCCUAUUCAACAGCACUAAUUAUGUGUUUCAUUUUGAAGAAGAGCAGAAGCGAGGGUCCUUAGUCGGCCAGGUUUUCGCUGAGGAUAAGGACUUUGGGCCAAACAGCGAGAUUAGAUACACAUUUGAAACGCCACAGCCAAACUUUGAACUGAACGCUAUCACGGGAGAAUUGACCAGCACUUUGCAGUUGGACCGUGAGUCGCUUAUGAGACAAAGAGGCGCCUCGGUCUUCAGCUUUGUGGUCGUCUCGUCAGACCAGGGCCUCCCCAAGCCCCUUCGAGACCAGGCCAAAGUGCAAGUUUACAUACAAGACAUCAACGAUAACCCGCCUAAGUUCACCAAAGACAUUUACCAGGCCUCUAUUUCAGAGUCAGCUCAAAACACGACACAAUUACUGCGGGUGUCUGCGUCUGAUAUGGAUGAGAACAAAAAUGGACUUGUUCAUUAUAGUGUUUCAGAAGGGAACGAGGAAGGACAGUUUGGUAUAGACAGCAGCACGGGGCAGGUCACUCUAAUUGGAAAGUUGGACUAUGAGACGUCUUCAUCUUAUUCCCUGAAAAUUAUUGCUGUUGAUGCUGGAGCGGUCCCACUGUCUUCAUCGUGUUUGCUUAGUAUUAGCAUUCUGGAUGAAAAUGACAAUUCACCCGCCUUCCCCAAAUCCUCUCUGUCUGUGGACGUCUUGGAAAACAUGAGAAUAGGAGAGCUUGUGGCUUCUGUGACUGCUACCGAUUCUGACUCGGGGCCAAACGCUGAUAUAACGUACAGCAUCACAGCUACAAAUAACCACGGCACGUUUAGCAUUAGCCCCAACACUGGAAGCAUAUUUCUAGUUAAAAAGCUGGACUUUGAAACGCAAUCUUUAUACAAGCUCAAUAUAACAGCCAAGGACAAUGGCAAACCGCCGCGCUCCUCCUCCAUCCCUGUUGUUAUCCAUGUUCGAGAUUUUAAUGACAAUCCACCUGUGUUCACGCCAGGCGACAUUUUCAAGUCUAUCCCAGAAAAUCUCCCAGUUGCAUCGUCAGUUAUAACAAUAAUAGCACAUGACACAGAUGCAGACAUUAACGGUGAGUUGGAAUACUCUAUUGUCCACCAGGUUCCAAGAGGAAACCACUUUAACAUCGACUCCGGCACUGGACUCAUUUUCACUAAUCGUGAGAUCGAUAGGGAGUUUUCAAACCUUUUCGAGCUGACUAUAAAAGCCUCGGAUCAAGCCUUCCCCGUUGAAUUCCGGAGAUAUGCACUUAAAAAUGUCACAAUAUGGGUGACUGAUCAGAACGACAAUAUCCCCACUUUUGUGUCCCAGAAUGCACUUGUCGCUGAGCCGAAUAUAGUAAUUGGAUCAAUCCUUACAACAGUGAUGGCCUUUGACCCAGACGAUGGAGAGAAUGGUGAAGUGGAAUUUGAAUUGGUUGAAGGAGAUUCGGACACUUUUAUAAUGGACAGGUACAGUGGAGACAUCAGACUAGCUUCCCAAUUACUACCAUCCAGGCUAAUGUACACGCUAACUGUGGCGGCGACAGAUCACGGCGCAGACCGCAAAACAUCCAGAACAGAACUCAACAUUAUUCUGCAAGGUCUUGAUGGACCUGUGUUCUCCCAGCCAAAAUACAUCACUAUUCUGAAAGAAGGCCAGCCUCCGGGGACAAAUGUCAUCUCCCUGGACGCUUCGAGCCCAAGAGGAUCCUCGACCAAAGUGGAGUAUUUCAUCGUGGCUGUACGGAGCGGAGGGAAAGCGGUUGGGAGACUUUUCACCAUCGGCAGGCUCACUGGAGUGAUACAAACGGCUGCCGAGCUCGACCGAGAGAAAGGUUCGGAUCUCUACCAGGUGGACGUCUACGCCAUCGAGUCGGACGCCAACCAGCCCAGGACACAACGCGCUGAGGUGAGUAACAAGCUGAUUUUGUCUCCUUCGCUUUUGCUUUUUGUUCUGUGGCUGGAGGUUUGGCAACGGGAGGGCAUGAACUCACUCGUUGGCACAUGA